AUGGAACAAAAUUAGACAUAAUAAAGCAAAGAGAUGAAAAUUGGAGAAUUCACAGUAAGUGAGCUAGUGUAAAAAUACGACACUCCACUUUAUGUUUACAAUUCUCAAGUGAUUAAGGAAAGAUGCUAACAAUUAUUAAAUGCACUUAAGCUGCUUCCUACUCAAACAAAGGCACUUUAUGCUUGCAAGGCUAAUACAAAUAUUGCAAUUAUCAAGUUGAUGAAAGAGUAAGGAAUCUAAGGAAUAGAUGCCGUCUCCAUCUAAGAGGUGCUUCUUGCAAAAAAAGCAGGAUUUGAAGGAAGAGAUAUAUAAUUUACUGAAAAUUUCAUUGGGUAGAAGGAAGUGGAGGAUUCUUUAAAGGAAGGUAUUUUGCUUUGUAUUGGAGAAUUAGAUACUCUAGAGACAUUGGGCUAACGCCUUUAAUCUAAGAAGCUCGUUUUGAAGGAAACUGAAAAUGGAUAAAAGCUAAAAGUUGCAGUACGUAUUAAUCCUGAUGUAGGAGUUGGAGAAUGUGAACAUACAAUUACAGGUGGACCUAAAAGCAAGUUUGGUAUUUAUUGCAAUUAAAUAGAAGAAAUCAUAAAAAUUAGUGAGAAAUACCCAAUUGAAAUAGAAGGUAUUCAUUAGCACAUCGGAUCAAACAUGGUUCAAAACCACUUGGAUAAAUAUGUUUAAUCUAUUAAAAAAAUAUUUGACGUAGCACUUUAAAUAAAAGGUCUUAAGUUCAUUAAUGUAGGAGGAGGUAUAGGUGUUCCUUAUGAAGAUGGAGUAAAGCCUCUUGAUUUAAUUGAAGCCUAUUCAAAGAUAGCUGAAGAAUAUAAAAUUUUUAAAGAAAAAUAUGGCCAUGAUGUUGAAAUUCGUGUUGAGCCAGGCCGUUUCUUAGUUGCUGAGAGUGGUCAUCUUCUCACUACUGUCACUGCUAUAAAGAAGAACCAAUACAGUACUUGGAUAGGUACAGACACUGGUAUGAAUCAUUUAAUCCGUCCAGCUCUUUAUGAGUCAUAUCACAAAAUAGAAAAUGCAUCUAAUUUUGAAUCAACAAAUAAUGAAGACAGCCAAAGAUAAAAAGUCAAUGUGUGUGGUAAUAUUUGCGAAAGUGGUGAUGUAUUCGGUCAAAAUAGACUCAUUAGAACCGUUAAAGAUGAUGAUAUUUUAGCUAUAUAUAAUGGAGGUGCUUAUGGUUACUGCAUGGCUAGCAAUUAUAAUUCAAGAAAUAGACCUGCAGAAAUUCUUGUUGAUGGCUCAGUAGAUAAACUUAUCAGAAGGAGAGAAACCUUAGAAGAUUAACUUGCAACUCAAAUAUUUGAUUGA